AUGGCCUCACACGUAUAUGUCGUGGACUCUGCAUUCAAGAGGACGCAGAUCAAGGUCACACCAAGCAAAUACCUCCGCGAGGUGUUAGAAGAGGCGUGUAAGGCGAAGAAGGUCAACCCGGAGUCGUACGCUUUGAAGACGGACAAGGGCAAGACUGUCGAUCUGUCACAACCCUUCAGAUUAUCUGGUCUGUCCGCAGGCGCCAAACUGCAACUCACACAGGCCAGUCGAUCGGUUGGCGUGGUCAAUGUGGCCCUACAACUACCGGAGAAUGAAGGAGGGAGCAGGUUUUCGGACAAAUUUCCAAGCUCGACAACUUUGUGGCAGAUCUUACGAAAGUUCGAGGAUGGUGUGGCAGGUCAGGCACAACGGAAGCUGAACCUUACGCAACGAGCAGUGCCUUCAAAUCAAUCCUCGGGCUCGGGGAGACUUGAAUAUGAGGCUCCACAGCUCGACAUCAUGGGCAGAAAUUUGACUGGCGUGAAAGAGCUGCAACAGACUUUGUCGCAGCUAGGCUACAAUAGCAGCAGUGUGCUGCUACGACUAUCGUUCAAGAGCAGCGGUCAGCCACUGGACGAGGCUAUGAAGGAAAUCGAGGAAUAUUUCAGUAUUACGCAAACGGAGGGUGUGGCAGAGAGCUCAAGUAGUGCCUCACAGGAAGCAAAGGGUGCACAUGCGAUGCCUGAUGGAAGCAUGGGUAGCGUACCGGAUGCCAGCGCUGACAAUGCUGGUAUGCUCGUCGAAGGAGCAGCAGGCCCCGAGCCCGCUGAGCCAGAUGCUCGCGACUCACCCAUGAUCGAUGCGCCAACAGCUGAGCCGGUUACGGACGACGUGAUUGCCAGUUCAUCAGAGACGCAGCCCGGCACUGUGAAUCCCGAACCGACACAAUCGACCUCGAACAAGAUCAAUGGCAUCUCUGUCUACCGACCUCCGUCGAGCAGCACACCAGCGGCGGCGCUACAGCAGGAUGAUCCAGCCGUUUUCCAGCCCACCAUUGAGGGCGCCAAAGCUCACCAAGCUUCUCUUGAGCGAGCCGGGCGCAACACCCGCCUGAAGUCCGACAAGGAGCUGGAAGAAGAGGAGAAAGUGCGUCAAGAAGCUCUCUCGCGUGUCAAAGAAGUCACCGUGCGCGUGCGCUACCCAGAUCAGAGCCAGAUCGAAACAACUCUCACAGCCGACGACACAUGCGCAGACCUGUACAACAAAGUACAGGGAACGCUAAGACACUCUAGCGAACCGUUCGAGCUGCGGACAUACGGCGAUAAGAACCAGAAUCUGCUCCUGCCCAAUUCGUCCAGCAAGCGACUGGUCAGAGAUUUUGGAUUCAAGGCCAAAAUCCUCGUCACCAUGGGCUGGGCGCAAGAAGCUUCAUCGAAGGCAAGAUUGGAGAAGUGUUUGAAUGAUCAAUAUGCCAGCGCGGCUCAGGAGAUGAAGGUAAAUCUGCAGACGCAGCAAGCCGCCAGCGAGGCGAGUCAUCGUGCUGCUAUGGCCAAGCCAGAGAGCAAAAGCGAGGGAGGUAGUGGUAAAGGAAAGGGAGAUCUGGAGAGCAAGAUGAAGAAGUUCCUUGGAUUCGGGAAGAAGUGA